GCCAGACGCGAUCGACCGUCCCUCUCCCCUCAACAAAGAGGCCUCACCAUGCAUCAGGGCACCUCGUUAGCCGUGCACCGAUGUCGCUUCGUCGACUUUUCUCCCUCUGCGAUCACUGCUCUCGCCUUCCCUCCUCUUCCGCUCCCCUCGGUUAAAGGGAAGAAAAGCGCUGCAAGCUCUAGGCGCAAGGCAUCAAAGCCCGGGAUAUUGGCUGUAGGAAGGGGGAAUGGCAACAUCGAGAUAUACGAGUGGACAGGCUCGGAACAGAAAGUGGAGGCGCCGCAGGCUUGGGUAGUACGGAAGACCAUCCCUGGGCCCAACCCAUCCAAAGUUGACUGUCUUGCAUUCACAAUCAAAAAUCCCGACCAAGUAGGUGACAACGAGGCUCCUACUCUCGAGAACCUACGACUCUUCAGCACAGGAGGGAGCAGCGAAUUGGUAGAGUGGGAUCUUGAACGGGCAUGCAUCAGGAGAACACUGAGCUCGCAAGGAGGUUCCAUCUGGGCAGUGACCCCGAACCCCGCAGGCACUCAGCUCGCCCUCGGCUGCGAAGACGGCUCUAUCCGCCUGAUCUCUGUAACGUAUGACUCCCUCACGCAUCUACGCCGCUUCGACAGGAUCAGGAGUCGCAUCCUCAGCAUCGCGUGGGGUCCGCCAGUUCCGCGCGACACAAGUAAGGUUCAGGAGAAGGCAGCAUCAGAAGACAGUGAUGACGAUGACGACGAGGACGACUGGUCGGACUCCUGGCUCGUAGCGGGAUGCUCGGACUCAUGUUUGCGCAAGUGGGAUGUGAACACUGGCCGUGUGCUGGAUCGGAUGGUUACGGAGAAGGUGAAGGGAGAGCGGACACUAGUAUGGGCUGUGGGAGCGCUAGGGGACGGCACAGUAGUGUCUGGAGAUUCAAUGGGCAUAGUCAAGUUCUGGGACCCAGUGACAUGUACACAGAUGGACAGUUUCCCCGGACAUGCAGCAGAUAUCCUCUGCAUGACAAUCAGCUCAGAUGGGACAGCAGUGUACACCUCGGGUGUCGACCAGAAGAUCAACCAGUUCACCCACGUCAAAACCACGAACCCAAACAGCACGUCCGUUCUCAAACGCGGCUCCUCGCGCUGGAUCAUGUCCUCCUCCCGACGCAUGCACUCACACGACGUCCGCGCACUUGCCAUCUGGCCGCCGCACACGCCCCUCCCUCCCGCCUACCGCCGGCAGUUCCCCAUCGACAUCGCGCCGAUCCUCGCGUCCGGCGGCCUGGACAUGUCCGUGAAUGUCACGCCCGCCGCAUCUGCUGCCGCGACCGUCACGAACAUCAUCAACCCGCUCGCUACGAGUACGGAGGCGACGUUCGAGGACUCGUACAACCGCAGGCUGGGGUAUAGCUCGGGGCCGUUCAACGUGUCUGCACUGCACCUUGCGCGGCAGGCGCGGUUGUUGUUGUGCAUGCGAGACACAUCGGUGACUGUGUGGCGGAUUCUCGAGAAGCAUAGCCCAUUUGGUAUCGAGAAUAUGGACGAGGCGCAGCCGGAGGGCGGGUAUGAGCGUGUUCUCGAUAUGGAGCUCAACGUCCAUACGAAUCUCGUUGCAAGCGCGAUUUCGGACGAUGGGCGCUGGGUAGCGGUAUCGGACUGGUACGAGACAAAACUAUUCGAGCUGAAGGAGGAGCCGAAUGGCGAUAUUACCCCUCGGCGAAUACGGGAUUUCUCCGCCAUCCUACAUAGCCAGCUACCCGACAAGGCAGCUUCAGCAGGUGCCUCCUCCCUCGCUUUCUCGCCUGACUCAUCGAAGCUCGUGGUCGCCACCGCUAUGUCUUCCUACGUCGUUGUCUUUGAUCUUGGCCGCGGUGGCGGGUCACGGUCGCCCGUGGUCAUGCGCAAGUUUGACCAGCAUCGCGCUGCGGGGACGACCAUCGGCGGACGCGUCAUCAAGGGCAAGGGGAGAAUGCAGCAGCACUCAGAGUUAGCGGAGGAGGCCAUCCCAGUCCCUGAGGAACCAGCAGAGGCCCCCGAGGACGAAAAUGUAUCUGAGGGCGAACCGUCGGACAUUGAGAACGACAUCCCGCAGAAGAAAACAAUCCCCACGAUAACUCGCAUAGCCACCAGCCCCGACGGCCAAUGGCUCGUGACAACCGACACAGACGGGCGCACCUUUGUCUUCAACCUCGACUCCGCAACCUACCACACCACCCUCCCCUCCUUCGCCUCCGCCAUCCACGCGCUCGCGUUCGACACCGCGAGCCCGAGCACGCUCGUCAUCGGGCUCGCGAACAACACGCUCGAGGUGUACGACGUCGAGACGCGCUCGUUCCCGGAGUGGGCGCGGCAGGUCGUCAGGAGGCUUCCCGCGAGAUUCACGCGGAUGCACGACCCGAUCGUGGGCGUGACGUUCGACCCAGGCGCGACUGUGUCUCCUCUCGGCGAGGAGGCGGACAAUGCGGCGGGGGGAAAGAAUCUGCCGCCGCGCAAUGCGCUCUUCUGGGGCACGACCUGGCUCUGCCGCAUCAAGCUGGACGCGGCCCCUGGCUGGGGCGGUUUCGACAAGAAACGGCGGCGAGAUGCAAACGGACAGAAGCGCGGCGAGCGCGCCCCGCCUCAUGUCAACCCUGCCGCGCCGGUUGUCGAAGAGGGUGGGAUGGAAAACCGGCAGAAGAACUUCACCGUGGUGACGAAGUACCGGCCGUUAUUGCUCGUCGACUUCAUCGGGCCGAAGGAGCUUCUGGUCGUCGAACGGCCGUUGGUAGACGUCCUGAAUGGGUUGCCUCCAGCGUUCUUCAAGCCGAAGUAUGGCAAAACGUAAUCUGCUGCACGCAUUAUCUCCGUCUCUCUGGUCUGGUGUAGUCACGCAACGUCUAUAGAGUCGCAGUCAAUCCAUCUAUGUAC